AUGGCCGAGGGUUACGACACAACUCGCUUUCAUUCAACUAUUGACGAGAGCUUUGUUUGCUGUAUCUGUCUCGGUGUCUUACAAGAUCCAAAGCAAUGUGAGAACAACGAGCACUAUUUCUGUUCUGGUUGUAUCAAGAAACACCUGGAGAAGACCUCGCAUAGUUGUCCUGUCUGUCAAGAUAAACUAACGGUAGAGACAUUGCGUAAGGCUCCAAGAAUUGUGGCCGACUGUGUUUCCCGUUACAAGAUCAGUUGUGACCAUGCAGCGAGAGGCUGUGAUGCGGUUCUCGAGCUUGGAGCUCUACAAGCACACGUUCAGGACUGUGAUUUCAUGCCUGUCACUUGCUCAAAUGAAAGUUGUGACGAAGUCGUGAGCAAACGCGAUGUAAAGCAACACGAGCUCGAUUUAUGUCGCUUCAAGACGACGACCUGUGACGACUGUGGGAAAAAGAUGUCUCAUCAUAAAUAUGGCGCCCAUAGCUGCGUACUACGACGUGAUGUGGACGAAAUGAAGAAUGAUCUGGCAGAAGUGAAAGCCACGCAAAAUGAAAUGAUGAAAGGAAUGAGAGACGGCAUGCAACGAUUGACGAUUGCGGUUGAAAGUCUUCAGAAGUCGGUAAAUUCCAAGAGUACUGAUAUUGUCGUCAUCGCAGGUCGCAACCCCAAAACGAAACAAAUCUUAUCUUCUGUUGAGCGAUUUAACUUGUUCAACCAAACCUGGACACAACUGCCUGGGUUGAAAAUAGCUCGAUGGUUGUCUGCAGCUGUGAUAUUUAAGAAUCAAAUAAUUGCUUGUGGCGGGUUUGACGAGUCUGAUGGCCAUCUGGAUAGCAUCGAAGUAUUGGAUCUGAAUGGUAAUCGCCCAGAAUGGCACGAGUUUUUUGUCAAUCUUCCUAUCAAGGUCGUUGGUCACAAGUGCGUCGUCCAUGGGAAUCGUUUGCUGAUUAUUGGUGGCCAAACGAAGCCAGGUGAGAAUUUGGAUACGAUAUACGAGCUUCUCCUUGUUCCUCCGUAUUCAUCCAAGUUGCUUUGUCACAUGAAGAAGAAACGAAUAUUUCAUGGCGUGGAGUUGUUUGAUGAUAAGGUUUUAAUCGCUGGUGGAGAAGAAACAGAAACCGAUGUGGAAAUAUUCGACAUAGCAAGAAAUGAAUGUGUUGAAAUGCCACUACUGCCAUCUCCUGUUUUCCGUAUGGGAACAGUUCGCCGUGGUGACGCCAUGCUUUUGAUUGGUGGCUUGGCUAGUAUCGACGCAGGUAAAUACAGAAAUGAGAUUAUCGAGUACGAUUUCAAAACUGGCCAGAGUAAGGUCCUAUUGGCCAUGAAAACGGGACGAGCUUAUUGUUCGUGUAUUUCUCGUGGAAACACGCUUAUUGUAAUUGGUGGUGCGAACGGCGAAUUUGAUGCAAUGGAUUGUUUCGACUUUUUAUCAAAUUCUUGGAAGAGAUUACCCUCAAUGGCUGAGGCAAGGAGAUUUGCUCCUGCAGUUGUUGUGAAUAUGGAAAAUUUGGAAUUUUGA